GUGCCUCCGCGGCUAUUCUCUGGGUCGUCGCCAUCUUGCCAUUGAGUUGGAGACUUCGUGUGGUGAGCUUAACCUUGUCGCCGUACCGGUUGUCCACACCGAGGCGGACUGGCAGCCCUGAGCGUCGCAGUCAUGCAGGCCGGACCCGUGCAGGCGGUACCCCCGCCGCCGCCAGUAGUCACUGAGCCCAAACAGCCAAAUGAAGAAGAAGCAUCAUCAAAGGAGGAUUCCACCCCAUCCAAGCCAGUGGUGGGGAUUAUUUACCCUCCUCCAGAGGUCAGGAAUAUCGUCGACAAGACCGCCAGUUUUGUGGCCAGAAAUGGGCCUGAGUUUGAAGCUAGGAUUCGACAGAAUGAGAUCAACAACCCCAAGUUCAAUUUCUUAAAUCCCAAUGACCCUUACCAUGCCUACUACCGCCACAAGGUCAGCGAGUUCAAGGAGGGGAAGGCUCAGGAACCCUCAGCUGCCAUCCCCAAGGUUAUGCAGCAGCAGCAGCAAGCCACACAACAACAGCUGCCCCAGAAGGUCCAAGCCCAGGUGAUCCAAGAGACCAUAGUACCGAAGGAGCCCCCUCCUGAGUUUGAGUUCAUCGCUGAUCCCCCCUCCAUCUCAGCCUUCGACCUGGAUGUAGUGAAGUUGACAGCUCAGUUUGUGGCCAGGAAUGGGCGUCAGUUUCUGACCCAGCUGAUGCAGAAAGAACAGCGCAACUACCAGUUUGACUUUCUCCGACCCCAGCACAGCCUCUUCAAUUACUUCACAAAGCUGGUGGAGCAGUAUACCAAGAUCUUGAUUCCACCCAAAGGCUUAUUUGCAAAGCUCAAGAAAGAGGCUGAAAAUCCCCGAGAAGUUUUGGACCAGGUUUGUUACCGAGUAGAAUGGGCCAAAUUUCAGGAACGUGAGAGGAAGAAGGAGGAAGAAGAAAAAGAGAAGGAGCGAGUAGCCUAUGCUCAGAUCGACUGGCAUGACUUUGUGGUAGUGGAGACAGUGGAUUUUCAACCCAAUGAGCAAGGAAACUUUCCACCCCCAACAACACCGGAGGAACUGGGAGCUCGGAUCCUCAUUCAGGAGCGCUACGAGAAGUUUGGGGAAAGCGAGGAGGUGGAGAUGGAGGUUGAGUCUGAUGAGGAAGAUCAAGAAAAGGCUGAGGAGACUCCUUCCCAGCUGGACCAGGAUACUCAAGUACAGGACAUGGAUGAGGGUUCAGACGAUGAAGAAGAAGGACAGAAAGUGCCUCCACCCCCAGAGACACCCAUGCCUCCACCUCUGCCCCCAACACCAGACCAAGUCAUUGUGCGAAAGGACUAUGAUCCCAAAGCUUCCAAGCCCCUUCCUCCAGCUCCUGCUCCUGAUGAGUAUCUUGUGUCCCCCAUAACUGGGGAGAAGAUUCCUGCCAGCAAAAUGCAAGAACACAUGCGCAUCGGGCUUCUUGACCCCCGCUGGCUGGAGCAACGGGAUCGCUCCAUCCGAGAGAAGCAGAGCGAUGAUGAGGUGUACGCACCAGGUCUGGAUAUUGAGAGCAGCCUAAAGCAGUUGGCUGAGCGACGUACUGACAUCUUUGGGGUAGAAGAGACAGCCAUUGGUAAGAAGAUUGGUGAAGAGGAGAUCCAGAAGCCGGAGGAAAAGGUGACUUGGGAUGGCCAUUCAGGCAGCAUGGCCCGGACCCAGCAGGCUGCCCAGGCCAACAUCACCCUCCAGGAGCAGAUUGAGGCCAUCCAUAAGGCCAAGGGCCUGGUGCCAGAAGAUGACACCAAAGAGAAGAUUGGCCCUAGCAAGCCUAAUGAAAUCCCUCAGCAGCCACCGCCUCCAUCUUCAGCCACCAAUAUCCCCAGCUCAGCGCCCCCCAUCACGUCAGUUCCCCGGCCACCUGCGAUGCCACCUCCAGUCCGCACCACUGUCGUAUCUGCAGUGCCUGUCAUGCCUCGGCCCCCCAUGGCAUCUGUGGUCCGGCUGCCCCCAGGCUCAGUGAUUGCCCCGAUGCCACCCAUCAUCCACGCACCCAGGAUCAACGUGGUACCCAUGCCUCCUGCAGCACCUCCCAUCAUGGCACCCCGCCCACCUCCCAUGAUUGUGCCAACAGCCUUUGUGCCUGCUCCCCCUGUGGCUCCAGUGCCAGCCCCAGCUCCAAUGCCUCCCGUACACCCCCCACCUCCUAUGGAAGAUGAACCUCCAUCCAAGAAACUAAAGACCGAGGACAGCCUCAUGCCUGAGGAAGAGUUCCUGCGUAGGAACAAGGGUCCAGUAUCCAUCAAGGUGCAGGUACCCAACAUGCAGGAUAAGACGGAAUGGAAGCUGAAUGGGCAGGGGCUGGUCUUUACUCUCCCGCUCACAGACCAGGUCUCUGUCAUCAAAGUGAAGAUUCAUGAAGCCACGGGCAUGCCUGCAGGGAAGCAGAAACUACAGUAUGAAGGCAUCUUCAUCAAGGACUCCAACUCCCUGGCUUACUACAACAUGGCCAGUGGUGCUGUCAUCCACUUGGCCCUCAAGGAAAGAGGCGGCCGGAAGAAGUAGCCUUGAGAGAUACUGCAAGUGGACUCCUGCCAUUGUACCUCUUUCCACCACCAAUUCCGGGAGUUUCCCUGGGACCUCGGGCACAGCCUGGGCAUUUGUCUCUCUCUAAGGCAGUCUAUGGAAUGGAUAUCUGUUUAGAUUUGGAUUGGAGGUCCUUCAAGGAAGCCCAUUAGGAAUGGAAAACCCAGGGUUCUCCCACAGGAGAGCUUCAUAAUACCAAGUAAUGUUUGGCUAAUAGAGUAUGGUUACUACCAUUCAUCAUUGUGUAUCAUGCUUUGGCCUCUAAUAAACCUCUUGAAGCCAGGCAUGGUACACACAUGCCUGUAAUCCCGGGACUUGGGGGGCAGGCAGAAGGAUUAAAUGUUCAUCUUGGCUGUACAGUUUUGAGGCCAGCCUGCGCUGUGUGAGAUACUGUGUUAAUUCUUUUUUUUUUUUUUUUUAAUUAAAAAGUAAACCGUCACAGAAGCAGUUUGUCCUGCCAUCCACAGACUGGCUUAGAAAGCGCUGCCAUUCUUACCUAGGCCGGGGAUAGUGGAGAAUCUCUUGGGGACAAAGAGAAUUUCCUAAUUGAUUAAGAGGGAAACAUGGUCUGUCCUUGAUACAGCUGUGCCAUUGCACAAUGCUGUUGCGCUCUGGGGUCUCUGCAGUCCUGGUGUUACAUAUACAUUUUUGCUGUCAUCGUGUCUUUUAAGUAUUUCUUCUAAAAAGCAUUAUGGCUGGGGAGGGGGCUUGGUGAGUAAAGUGCUCAUGGUGUAAGAAUUGAUGUAAAAGCCACUAGAACAAGCCACUGCUCCCUCUGUGCUCUAGGAGACAGAAGACUGAGCCAGAGUCAUCCUAUGCAGGCCAGUGCACAAGAAAGACCUUCCGUGAAGCCAGGUGGCAGCAAGGGCAAAUGCCCAUGGCUGUGUUCAUGUGUUUGCCGCAGCGUGGCUUUAUAGAGAUAGUUAAAGCUUUGGUGUUCUCCAGCAUACAGUAGUCAUAGAGCAAGGACCAGUAGCUUUUCUCAUACCUGAUGGGCAUAGUAGUUUUUGGUUUGCUCCAGAGUGAGCAAAGGCUGUUCUUUACGUGUGUGGUUAAUCAUGCCACGUGCUGACCUGAGGGCCUCACAUCUAGUUCACUACUUCUGUAUUGUGCUUGGUUUUGUUUUUGCCCCCCACCCCUCCUUUUUCUUUGGUUUUGAAAUAGCUCCCCUGGAACUUGCUAUGUAGACUAGGCUGGUUUUGAACACACAGAGGUCAGCCUGCUUUUGCCUCCCAAGUGCUAGAAUUAAAGGCAUGGGCCAUCAGGCUUGACACUGCUUCCUGUUCAAGCGCUUGUGUAGUCCUUGUGAUUAUUCUUAUUUGAGACACGGAGGGCAAGUCACAUGCCCACAAUCCCAUGGUUCAAGGAUGAAGAGUAAGUCCAAAACCUUACUCUUGGUCUCCAACCGCGGUCCUGAUGUAGGCCAUUAUUUUUGGAACUGUGCUCUUGCAGAAGCAUAGGUGCUGCUGUGUGUUCAGGAGGAGCAGGGAGAGGUGAGAGCGUGUUAAUGAGCUGUAAACAAAACUGAUUUCUUUUUAGAGGAUUACACAAGCUGAAAGCUUUUAAGGGUUCCCAGGACCUUUUCUUUUGUGGUCUCUCAGGAAAAGAACACUCAGGAUCACAGAAGCAAUAUUCUAUUCCUCAACCUACUCCACCUUUUCCUCCCAGCCUAGGCUUAGGCAGCUCCUUACAGCACCCGGGCCUCACAUUUAGCAUCAUUGAUGUCAUCGUACUCUGUAACCUGUGUGACAUCGACCUCUCACCUGGUUGCUAGAAGUUUGCCUAGGGACUAGUGCAAAAUUGGUUUGUUGGUGUGCUUUUCUGAUUUAGGGGCCUGGAACAAGCUCACUGCUAGACACUAAUUGGGCAGCACCAGAAAUUCCCUGGAGGCAUUUCCAGGAGGAGGGUGUGCUGUGUGUGGGAGGGGCAUGAGGAAGGCUCAGAGAAUCCCUGGCCCAAGAGCUCCUUUUUGGUAUUAGGGACAUGGCAUUGUGUCAGGGCAUAUGCCUCUGCAGACUGGCAAACCCCACAGUGCCUCUGUGGCUGAGGCUAUGACUUGAGACUAGGAAUGUGGCUGGGUAGAAUGCAAGUGAAUGGGCCCUUUGAUCCACACUCCGGAGUUCACAGUUCCCAGAAUUCCUGAAUGAAUGCCUGCUCUGCCUCACUUUGACUUGGAGGCUCAUUGACCACAGAGCCUUGUGACCUUUGGUGGCCACAGACCAAGAUUGUUUUCUAGCACGGCAUGUCCUACAGCCUUGUAAGUUUGAACAGUGCUUAUCCAAACUUAAGUUUUAAAAUGUUUGUAAAAAUAAGCUGUUUUAUUAAAAAUAUAUGUAUAUAUGUAUUAUAU